UUUUCCUCGGGUCUCGCGUGAGAGGUUUCUCUUGGGCCGCGGAGUCUCUGCGCUUUCCUAGGGCCGGUGCCUUGCGACGAGGGAGCGACAGUUUUGUAGGGCACAAGGAUUUAAGGAGCCCCCAGUUAGGCCAGGUCUUCCAUGACCCCGUUCCUCUUCUUGUAACCCAACAUAUCUUCAGAGUUGCCUGCGUUUUUCAAGACAGCAGAAAAUGAACAAAUUCCAGAUUGAACAGAAAUCCCAGGGAUCAGUAUCAUUUAAGGAUGUGACAGUGGGCUUCACCCUGGAAGAGUGGCAGCACCUGGACUCAACUCAGAGGUCCUUAUAUAGAGAUGUGAUGCUGGAGAACUACAGUAACCUUGUCUCACUGGGGUAUUGUGUUACCAAACCAGAAGUAAUCUUCAGGCUAGAGCAAGGAGAGGAGCCAUGGAUAUUGGAGGAAGAAUUCCCAAGCCAGAGCUUCCCAGAAUCCUGGGAAACUGAUCACAAGAAAGAAAGGAGCCAAGAAGACCAGCCUAAACAUGUGUGGGAAGUUGCAUUCAUUAAUAAAACACUGACUAAAGAACGAGGUAAUGGAGAAAAACCACUUACCUUGAAUGCAGACUCUUUUCCUUCCAAAAAGAUCCUCUGUCAAUGUGACUCACGUGGAAUGAGUUUCAACUGUGUUUCAAAAUUAUUUAUCAAUAAGAAAAACUAUUUAGGAAAAGAGACUGAUGAAUAUAAUGCUUUUGGAAAUUUGCUACUUGAUAUUAAACAUGAGAAAACGCAUUCUCAAGAGAAAAGUGGGUUUUUUAGAAAUGGGAAAAUUUUGAAUCAUGAUGAGAACCCUGUUCACCAUAAGAAGAUUCAAACUUUAGAGCAAAAUUUUGAGUAUAACAUUUAUCAAGAAACCUUCCUUGAAAAGGCAAUAUUCAGUCCAUACAUGAGAGAAAUUGCAGAAGGGAAUGACUGUGAAUGUGAUGAAUAUGGGAGAACCUUCUUUGAUAACUCUUCCUUCUUACUACAUCAGAUGAAUUCCUCAAAGGAAAAUCACUAUGGAUUUAGUGGUUGUGGAAAAUCCCUGUAUGUGAAGGCUACCGUUUUGAAACAUCAUGGGCCACAUAGGAAACACUAUGAAUGUAAUGGAAGUGGGAAUAAUUUCCGGAGGAAUUUAUGCCUUUCACAACUUCAGAAAACUCAUAAAGGAGAGAAACACUUUGAAUGUAAUGAGUGCAGGAAAGCAUUUUGGGAGAAGUCCCACCUCACUCGACAUCAGAGGAUACACACAGGAGAGAAACGCUUUCAAUGUAAUGAAUGUGGAAAAACCUUCUGGGAGAAGUCAAACCUCACAAAACAUCAGAGAUCACACACAGGGGAAAAACCCUAUGUGUGCAAUGACUGUGGGAAGGCCUUCAGCCACAAGUCAGCCCUUAGGUUACACCAGAGAACACAUACGGGGGAGAAACCCUAUCAGUGUAAUGCAUGUGGGAAAACUUUUUACCAGAAGUCAGAUCUCACUAAACACCAGAGAACACACACAGGGCUGAAACCCUAUGAAUGCUAUGAAUGUGGGAAAUCCUUCUGUAUGAAUUCACACCUUACAGUACAUCAGAGAACUCAUACAGGUGAGAAACCAUUUGAGUGUCCUGACUGUGGGAAAUCUUUCUGUCAAAAGUCACAUCUUACACAACAUCAGAGAACUCAUGUAGGGAAUAAACCCUACGAGUGUAAUGCAUGUGGUAAAACUUUCUACCACAAGUCAGUACUUACCAGGCAUCAGAUAAUUCAUACAGGUUUGAAACCUUAUGAAUGUUAUGAAUGUGGGAAAACCUUCUGCUUAAAGUCUGACCUCACAGUACAUCAGAGAACUCACACAGGGGAGAAGCCCUUUGCAUGUCCUGAAUGUGGGAAAUUUUUCAGCCAUAAGUCUACCCUCUCUCAACAUUAUAGGACACAUACAGGGGAGAAACCCUUUGAAUGUCACGAAUGUGGAAAAAUCUUCUAUAAUAAGUCAUACCUAACUAAACAUAAUAGAACCCACACAGGGGAAAAGCCCUAUGAAUGUAAUGAAUGUGGGAAAACCUUCUGCCAGAAGUCUCAGCUUACUCAGCACCAGAGAAUUCACAUAGGUGAGAAACCCUAUGAGUGUCAUGAAUGUGGAAAGGCGUUCUGUCAUAAGUCAGCUCUGAUUGUCCACCAGAGAACUCAUACAGAAGAAAAGCCCUAUAAAUGUAAUGAAUGUGGAAAAUCUUUCUGCGUGAAGUCAGGCCUUAUUUUACAUCAGAGAAAACACACAGGGGAGAAACCCUAUGAAUGUAAUGAAUGUGGGAAAUGCUUCAGUCACAAAUCAUCCCUCACAGUACAUCACAGAGCUCAUACAGGAGAGAAAUCUUGUCAGUGCAAUGAAUGUGGGAAAAUUUUUUACCGUAAAUCAGACCUUGCUAAACAUCAGAGAUCACACACAGGGGAGAAGCCUUAUGAAUGUAACACAUGUGGAAAAACCUUCUCUCAGAAGUCAAACCUCAUUGUACAUCAGAGAACACACACAGGAGAAAAACUUUACAAUGAAGUGGGUGUUAGGAAUGUCGAGCUGCAGUUCAGCACCCAUUAUUACACUUCAGAGAAUUCACACUGUGGAGGAACCUCUGUUGACAUCCUGAAUGUUCAGGAACCUUCUUCCACAAACUGGCUUUAUGUUACUCCAAAGUAGAGUGCAACAAAUAUAGGGCAGUCUUGUUAAAUAACAUUUCACUGAAUGUCAUCAAGCAAAUACUGGUAUAAGACAGUAAAGAUUUUUUGA